CGGCACCGCCAUCGCCACCGGGGUGGGGCCCGCGCCCGCUCCCCCCCGCGCCGCCCGGCCCCCGCCGCCGGCCGCGGGCUGAGCGCGUCUCCUGGGGGCGAGGCCCCGUCCCUCCGCGGCGGCGGCUCCAUGGUGCCCGCCGCCCCCCCCGCCCCGCAGCAACAGGCAGGACGAGGAGGAAGCGGCCCCGGGGGUCCCCACCGCCCCGCCGCCGGCCUGAGCAGCGCCGCCGCCGCCGCAGCGGGAGCGACCGAGCGGGCGGGGGGCGCCCGCGGGCCGCCGGCGAUGGCGAACCAGCUGGUGAUCCUCAACGUCUACGACAUGUAUUGGAUGAAUGAAUAUACUUCUUCCCUUGGAAUCGGAGUGUUCCAUUCAGGUAUAGAGGUGUAUGGCCGAGAAUUUGCCUAUGGUGGUCAUCCGUACCCUUUUUCUGGAAUAUUUGAAAUUUCACCAGGAAAUGCUUCUGAGCUAGGAGAAACAUUUAAAUUUAAAGAGGCUGUGGUUCUAGGCAGUACUGACUUUAUGGAAGAUGACAUAGAAAAAAUAGUAGAAGAGCUUGGAAAAGAAUUCAAAGGAAAUGCUUAUCACCUAAUGCACAAAAACUGCAAUCACUUUUCUUCAGCUUUAUCUGAGAUUCUGUGUGGAAAAGAGAUUCCACGAUGGGUGAAUCGUCUUGCCUACUUCAGCUCUUGUAUACCGUUUCUCCAGAGCUGUCUGCCGAAGGAGUGGCUAACUCCUGCAGCCCUCCAGUCUAGUGUUAGCCAGGAGCUACACGAUGAGCUGGAGGAAGCUGAGGAUGCAGCAGCAUCAGCUUCCUUGGCAAGCUCAGCAUCUGGGUCUAGAACUGGACGCCACACCAAAUUAUAAGUCCUCCUCCAAAGUAACAAAUGGUUUGAAAUACUUCAGUUUAAUCUCUCCAGCAAUUGACUUCCUGACAGAACAUGAGAGCUGACUCUAGAACAUUGUUUUUAUAUGCAAAAAAGGCUCUCAUCAACCCCUGUUUCAGCUCAGGAUUAUUUAUGUAGUGAAAAGAAUUGCUGGGAGAAAAGGGAAGGAUUUUGUGUGGAGCCACCCUUUUCAUUUUCACCUGUUUGGUAGACCUGGGUUAACUUAACAUCUUGUAUAAAGCAGAACUUAAAUUAUUUGUUUACAGUAUUGUGUACUGCUGUUUACAAGUCCUGUAAGGACUCCUGCCACCAUGGAAGAAGAGAGAAUUUGAGUUUGAUUUAACUGUUGGUAUAACUCAAAAGCAGUGGUAUUAUGCCCUGGAUGAACUCUCCCCUUUGUUUUCAAGAUUUAAGGCAGGUAAACAUUAAAUUUCUGAGAAAUGCCAGAAACUGCUGAAUACUAUAUAUGUGAACAGGGUACUGUGCACUUAAAGUGGCUGAUGUAAACACGUAGAUUCCAGGAUGUAGGGAGACUGGUUUUGUCUAAGAUCUGUUACUAGAAGUAUGACCUCUACAUUAAUGAAACUGUGGAUUUUUGCACAUAUGAAGGGAAAUUUCUCAUUACAAUGCACAUUGAUCCCUUUUUUUUUUAACUCAGCCAUGUAGUUUGCAUCCUAUCUUCUGUCUGUAUUUACAGUCUACUUCAACCAGGAUUUAGACACGUGAAUAUCAUCUGUUAGAAGCAUCAACAAAUUUUUCACUGUUUGCUUUACUUGAUUUCAAGCUUGUAUAUAAAAGUUAGUACUUGUGUUCUU